AUGAACACUACGCAACGCUCCGAUGACACUGAUCAUCUACCGAAUCCUGAAGAUCUGCUCCCCUCCACCUCAUCCCCAGGAUUCCGUGUGCAUGAAGUUAAUGUUGUGAAACCUUCAGAUGAGCACCACCAAACUAACCCACCCGAGUCUCGAAAACCCCCAUCUUCAACCCAGUACGACCCGAUACAACUUACGGACGACAACCAAACCCCAGCUGACGAUGCCCAGAUCCCAAUCCUCGCCUCAGCCCGGUCAAUCCGGAUCGAUACUCUGGACAACAGGGGGAAUGUGCCAGGCUACGCCCCCAUCCCGGGCCCUUGUCCCGGCCCAGGUUCCCCAAAAGCCGAGCCGAUCCUUGGCCGGCUUCUCCUAUUCUUCACCGAGCUGAAGAUGCACAACCCCAGCCGACAUCGCGAAGCCGUCGAGCGAUUGAGGCAGUUGGAGGAGGAGCUGCGGGAGUCGGGAGCUGUCUGUCCCCCAGAUCCGGCUGUCGCCGAUGCGGUGGCGCGAUCGCUGGCAGCUGCAGCACCCGGACAUGACAUUCAAAUCCGGGUCAACCAGAGUCGACACACGACGACGACAAAGACGGUGUACGAGACGGAGACGCCGGGAAUGGUCGGACUAUCGCCGGAUCACAUCCGAAGCCUUCAUCGGCAAAUGUUGGACAGUCUCGUGACCGGCAAUGGUAGCGACGCCCAUGCGGAAUCAGGCACUACCCAAAAGAAGGAAACGGCCGAGGAGGGCUUCACCGAUGAGGACGGAGCCCUGGUUGUCAGCAAACGGAUGACACGGCUUGUGACGACUACAAGAAGUGCACUACCUGGAGAAGCCGAGCCGGCGCCUGGUGAG